AUGCACCCAACUGCAGCUCUUUUCACUAGUGUUCGAAAUGAGAUGAGGUGUCCCAUCUCUGGCUCAACAGAAAAUCUAUGGGCUUGCCCUUUAAUUCCCUACGAAAUCGCAGACGACGAGGACGAGGCUAUCCGUAUGGAGUGGGUUUUUGGACUGCCGCGUGGUGGCCUAUGGUACUACCUUCGGUCGAAAGAGAACGUCAUCCACCUUAGGAAGGACAUUCGUGAUAUGUAUCGCCGCGGAGAUUUUGUGCUGGUACCGACCUUCCGCGAAUGCGCGAGGGCUUUGGAGUAUCUGAAAAACCCGAGUAUAAAGAGUCGCGACGAGUGUGACAGGACACCUCGUCGACCUUUGUCUGCGCUCGCUCGUCCCGACGGGCUCUUCCGCUAUGUCUUCAUCCCCGUUAGCAAAGCUGGCUGGGAUCUUCGAAGGCAGUUCGAUCUGCAGCCUCAGACAAAGGAAGACCUCAACGGCGGUAUCCUCCCCGACGACGGCAAGCCCAUGCUUCCGGGUACCGAAGAAUUCCCCGUCAUCGAGUGCUUAGUGCACCCCUUCUCGGUGGCCUCGUUCGCGGACGAAACACUCAACAGGGUCCGCUCAACUUUGCUUAGCGGGCAAUACCACGCCCUUGUUUUUCUGAUCAUCGACGAAUGGGAACGCCCCACCAAUAACUACGCGCCGCAGUGGUUCAUCGACGAGCCGACUUACGACUGCGACGAUACGACCCUGUCUGCCACCGAGGCCACCGGCUACAACCCGCUCCCGCCCGACUCGGAUGCGUGCACGCCGCGCAGACCCGCCAGCAUACUGCAAGAUGCCUCCAUCGACGAGGAAGAUGAUCUCAAGAAGGUCUGCCACUGGUUCUCGCAGUACGACCCGAAAGCGAAGCCGCCGCGCGAGGCGUCGCGCUCGCCCGCCAAGGUGCGCCGCUCGCGCCGCCUGCAGGAGAAGAUGGGUGUGACACCACCGCCGUCGCCUGGCGAGAGCGAGCCGCCUCUGUCUCCGGUCCGCCGAGGCCCGCUGCGCCCGCGCGACCCCGUCCGGUGCCCACCGGCAUGGGCUAGACGCAAUGGCCGGUACCCGACACAUAGGUUCACGAGCAACGACUGGGCCUACUUCCGCUAUCAUGUCGCGAUUGCAAGCCAUCUUGAGCCUCCUCCUAAGCCCACUCCGCUUCGCCGACGCUCUGCGCGAUCACGCACUACCUGA